CGAUUAUGACGGAAGCCGCUCAGGACCAACGAGCCAAAUUGCCAGGCUUUGGCUUUCCAGUCAAUCAGGAGCCAAACUGGUGGUACGAGGGAUCUCACCACGAUGGCCCAGUUACGAUGACUCGGCUUCCGAACGCCAUUUCUGACUGGGCUGCCGACUGCAUGACCGUCCGGGAGAGAUCCAUGCUCGCAAUGGUCAACCAGAUCACCGACAAACCAGAGUGGGCUCGAAAAGUGUUCGAUGAAGAGAUCGUUGCCAAAUGGCGGACAGAAGCCUUGACCGAUGAAGGCCACGGCUUCAGCUCGAAAAUGUUUGAUCAUUGUAUUGCCGAGCUCCGAGACAAAGCGAAAGUGUACGACGAAUCUGGUAUUAUUCCUAUUCUAGAGGGAGAUGUGGCCGUGGUCAAGUCCGACAGCAUCAUUCCCCACGAUCUCAAAGUUGAGCUCCAAUCAGCCAUCAAACCUCUCGAAAAUAUUCCAGAUCGGCUUAAGGACUGGCAUCCUGGAUCCAAUGAACAAGUUCUAGAUCUCGUUCACCCCUCACUAUUCCCUCUUCUUUAUGGACGUUCCCGAAUCCUUCCAGAAGGCACAGUAGGCCUUCUUAACUGUGUGGAGAGCUGUGGUAAAGGCGAAGUAAUCCCAGAGCCAAAAGAAGACGAUGUCAAGGUUUUACAUCUGAAUGCAAGCUUGAGAGGGAGGAGCCUCGAUAAGGAAAGAUUCUGGUCACGGAAAUUCCAAUGGCUGCCCUGCGAGGUGGUGUUGGGCGAAAAUGGCAAAGUACAGAUUGCUAGCUACAUCAACAACCUGCACCCUGUUCAUCAUGAGGGACUUUACAAGGUCAUCGAAAAAUUCAUUGCAAAGUCAAUUGCUCCGUGGUCCACGGUCUUCAAUUCCAUCCGAAUAGGAUCUUGUCAGCGCGUGCCCAUGGAAGAGACGGUGUACGAGUUUCCUCAAGGGGAAUCUCGGCCUAGGGACGAGGACGAGAGCUCUGACGAUCCCGAUGCCUACGAGAGGGACGAGCAAUGGCUGCAUGACACACGAGUUUUGGUGGAGCCUGAUGCCGUGGCCUAUAACUCGCUGGAUAAAACGCCAAAUGUCAAGAUGGACUUUAAGGAAUUUUCCAAGAUCCAGGUGAUUGUCAAACUUGCAACAAUUCACCUGACCCCAGAGAAGCCAGCUUAUGCCGGAGGGUCGUGGCAUAUCGAAGGACAGCUUAACGAGCACAUAGCUGCAACGGCUUUGUAUUACCUCGACAACUCUAAUAUCACGGACAGUCAUUUAGCUUUUAGACAGAAGGUCACUAUUGACGAAGAUAUAAACUUGAAGACAUACAACCAGAGUGAUUACGACGGUGUUGAAUAUGCCUACGACAUUGAGCAAGAAGGUCCCGGUAUCCAAGAUCUGGGGCAAGUUCUCACGCGUGAAGGCCGCCUCCUCGUGUUCCCAAAUGUCCUUCAACACCAAGUACAGCCUUUCAAACUUGUUGAUGAGACUAGACCGGGCCACCGAAAGAUGCUAGCGUUGUUCUUGAUUGACCCGUACCAGCGCAUCAUCAGUACCGCGAAUGUGCCACCUCAGCAGAAGGAUUGGUGGGCUGAAUUGGUGCGAGACGAGACUAGAGUGGGCGAUUUGCCGGCGGAGUUGCAGAACUUCAUUGUCGACGACGUGACAGACUUCCCAAUCAGCAUGGAGGAGGCGAAGAAAGUGCGCGAAGAGUUGAUGGAGGAGCGCAGAGCCUUUGUUGACGAGGUGAAUGAGGAGUACGAGAGUGAGGAGUUCAGUUUCUGCGAGCACUGAACUUUGUAGAUUUCGAUUCAAUUGUCUGGAAAAUGAGAACUGGCGAUACGUUCGUAGUAGUUGGAAACGAACGCAGGAGUCCUUCCAGCGGUGAAGGGCUGAAGGGCGGUGGCGGUUAAGUCCGCAGUGAAUGCUA